GAGAAGAGCCGCAGUGUCUCGUUUAACCCAACAACCAGUAAAUGGAGAGAAAGAGAUGGUAAAUUUGGGCUUAGUGUGCAAUUGAGUUUAAGCGGCUGUAUCUCCUCUUCCGGCCACCAUUUGAGACAGCGCCGGUACUAUUGUAAAACUGGGGAGGGGAGCUUUCAUCCGCCACUGAUCCGGUUACCAGCAGUCACCGUUAACAGCCGCACUCCCCGGUCAAACUGUCCCUGCUGGAAAUUUGACCGAGUUUUCCGACCAUCUCCGAUCAUUUUCCGGCGAACAAAGGUGCUUACUUGAUCUUGGUCAACUUCCUCUGGCAGGGAAACCUCUCUGUUUAGCCAUUGAAAACGGUGGCUUCAAGCAUAAUCUGAGAUCGACAGUUGGAAAUUGAAAUUCACUGGUUCAAUACCAUGUUGAAGAUCAAUGAGUUAUGAGUUGCUGCCAAUGUUCUUAAAUGAUGUGUGCUAGUAGGAUAGAGAGACAGCUAAGGGAAGUGCUCAUUUCAAGAGUCUUAAUGAAAUAAAUACAGUUGCAUAGACGUGAAGGCGAAAGCAUGAGGGAUUUGAAGUUUCCAAAACGUUAUUUAAUUAUAAUUUUAACCUUCCUUAGCACUUGUGUUUGCUAUAUAGAACGGGUGGGUUUCUCAAUUGCAUAUACAGUUGCAGCUGAUGCUGCUGGUGUAAACCAAUCAAGUAAAGGCACUAUACUGUCGACAUUCUAUUAUGGGUAUGCCUGCUCCCAAGUGCCUGGAGGAUGGGCAGCACAGAAAAUAGGAGGAAGAAAGGUUCUCCUCCUCUCAUUUGUUUUAUGGUCAUCAACUUGCUUUUUGGUCCCACUUGAUCCCAAUAGAGUUGCUGUCUUGGUAGUGGCUCGAUUACUUGUUGGUGUGGCACAAGGAUUCAUCUUCCCCUCCAUUCAUACUGUUCUGGCACAAUGGGUUCCACCACAUGAAAGAUCCAGAUCUGUAUCUCUUACAACUUCUGGAAUGUACCUAGGUGCAGCAAUGGGAAUGCUUGUCCUUCCAAGUCUAGUGAAAUAUGAAGGCCCCCAAUCUGUAUUUCUUGCGGAGGCAACAUUAGGUGUUUUGUGGUCUCUGCUCUGGUUCAAAUAUGCAAGUGAUCCUCCUCGCUCUGAGCAUCCAAAAGCUGCAGCUGCAGGGUUUGGAGAAUCUUUGCUGCCAAUCAAAGGCAAUCAUAAGACAAAAAUAGAAAAUGGAGGUAGUAAUACCAGAACUGCCAAAAUUCCAUGGAAGAGAAUUUUAGUUAGCUUGCCAGUUUGGGCAAUUGUGGCAAACAAUUUUACAUUCCAUUAUGCUUUAUAUGUGCUGAUGAACUGGCUGCCAACUUAUUUUGAACAGGGCCUCCAGCUCAGUCUUCAACAAAUGGGUUCUUCUAAGAUGAUGCCUUAUUUCAAUAUGUUCAUAUUCUCAAACAUUGGGGGUGUGCUUGCUGAUCACUUGAUCACGAAAAGGAUCUUGUCUGUGACUAGAACCCGGAAGUUCUUAAAUACCAUAGGAUUUCUGGUUGCUUCUCUUGCAUUGAUGGUGCUUCCUUUCUUCAGAACUUCUACUGGGGCUGUUUUAUGUUCUUCUGUGGCUCUUGGCUCUUUGGCACUUGGUAGGGCAGGGUUUGCAGUGAAUCACAUGGAUAUUGCUCCUAGGUAUGCAGGAAUUGUCAUGGGCGUUUCUAAUACAGCUGGUACUUUGGCUGGCAUUAUUGGGGUUGAUCUUACUGGCCGGCUUCUUGAAGCUGCUAAACUUUCUUAUUCAGACAUUUCAAGUCCAGAAAGCUGGAGAGCUGUGUUUGUCAUACCAGGGUUGUUAUGCAUUUUAAGUUCUUUCAUGUUUUUGCUAUUCUCGACUGGCGAAAGAAUUUUCGAUUAGGUACAAUUUUUCACAUAAGAAACUAUUGCAGAAGAUUAUCUCCAUCUGGCGAGAAUCAAAUUGAAUAUCUACUUAGAGUCUUCUGAUUCUCGUUUGAACAAACCACUUGUGCAUUUGAAGGGUAUAUAUUGAAAGGUUAAGAGCCAUGAAGAUUUGAAGUGGUCAAUAUACACUCAUUUUUUGAUUUGUCAAGGUGAAUUACCUGAAGGCCAUUUGUCCUUUUCUUCAACAUCAUACUAGGAGAGUAGGUUCAAUUUUUUGGCAUAUAAUGUUCCUGCUGAUAAUUCUGACUGCAAUAACUGAAUGCUUCCAUAGUCAUGGUUGAUUGGUGGUAUUUUUGCAAUUUCAAACUGUGAGAACUUUAUUAUGCAUAAGAUUUUAUGUUAGCGUGAAGCUUAUGGUACACGACUGUAACUUACUAGGUCUUGAUACGAGUACCUGUAGUGUUAUGAGUCAAUUAUGUACAAUUUAUCAAAGUCUAAUGAAUUUAUUAUCAUGUUUAAUAGUUCGGGUCCAACUUACAGUAGGCCAGAACCCUGCUUGAUUUAUUUAUUUUUAAGGCGUUUGAGUCUGUCUGUAUUGGAUGAUGGAAUUCUUUGUAACUUGGAAGAUGCCUGUGGAAUGAUGAUAAGAUCAACCAGGAGUUGCUGUUUGUUGACAGGAAA